AUGUCACCACAUAGCGAGGAAGUUGCAUGUGUUGUUGUCUCGAGCGGCAAUGGGGCUACCGAGACGGUGAGCCGUGGCGGCAGCAGCAGCAGCAGCAGCAGCAACAGCAGCAGCAACAGCAGCAGCAACAGCGCUAGGCCACCAGCAGACGCAGCAGACGCAGCAGUUGACGGCUUCACCUCCGACAGCUCCAUCACCUCCCGCUCCAACCCCGCCACCACCACCUGCAUCCGCAACGGCCAUCACAACGGCCAUCACAACGGCCAUCACAACGGCCAUCACCACGGCCAUCACCUCAGCGGCCAUCACCACAACGGCACAGACCUAGGUACACUUGAAUCGUCCAACGUCGCCGGUGCCAAUGGCAACGGUCCUGCCGCUCACCAUGCCAGCGGACCCGCAGUCCAGAAACCAGUUGCCGGCAGCAACGGCCACAAGUCUCGAAAUGGCGCCAUCCAGAGCUCCCAGUAUCUCGUGCCUGCCCCUCUCGACUCCGAAUUUGACCUCAUAUGCGUGGGUUUCGGCCCGGCCAGCCUGUCCGUCGCCGUAGCUCUGCACGAUGCCCUGGCAGAUGGGCGAAGGCUUGUGCCCGAUGGGUCUUCCCCCAGGGUCCUCUUCCUCGAGAAGCAGAAUCAGUUUGCCUGGCAUUCCGGCAUGUUGCUGCCCGGUGCCAAGAUGCAAAUCUCCUUCAUCAAAGACUUGGCCACCCUGAGAGACCCGAGGUCCGAGUUCACCUUUUUGAACUAUCUGCAUCGCCAAGGUCGCCUGGUUGACUUUACAAACUUGGGCACCUUUCUACCCGCUCGUGUCGAGUACGAGGAUUAUCUUCGCUGGUGCUCUUCUUUCUUCUCACGCCUUGUCCGCUACGGGGAGCAAGCAAUCUCUGUGUCUCCGGAUGAUCCCUCCAAGGGUCAGGUUCGCUCCUUCACUGUUCGAUCGGAGGAGGUUGGUUCGGGACAGACGCACACUUAUCGAGCACGUCAUAUUCUCAUGGCUACUGGCGGGCAGCCAUAUCUGCCCCAGACCUUUCCUCUCAAGCAUCCCCGCGUCAUCCACUCGUCUCAAUACGUAAAUGUAAUCCAUAAGAUCCUCCCCAAAACCACCGCUGCUUGCCGUGUUGUCGUGGUCGGUGCUGGCCAAAGCGCAGCCGAGAUCUUCAACAACGUCUCGAGCCGCUAUCCCAACUCCAAGACGUACUUGGUAAUGAGACAAGAGUUUCUGCGUCCUAGCGACGACUCACCGUUCGUCAACUCCGUCUUCAACCCCGAGUACAUUGACAGCCUUUUCCCCAAGUCGGCCAAGUAUCGCAACAACCUUCUUAUCGAAGCCCGGGCAACCAACUACGGCGUGGUUCGGCUGGAGCUCAUCGAGGCCCUGUACGAGCGCAUGUACGAGCAGCGACGGGAACUGGGAGUUGAUGACAAAACUUGGCCGCACCGGAUCAUGGGUGGCAAACAAAUCACCAGCUUGGAAACUCACGCAGACGGCCUGAAACUAAAGAUUCGGAGCGUUCAGGAUAGCACACCUGACGGCCUUGUCGAAGCUUUGGACGACGAAGUGGUCGAGGCAGACCUCGUCAUUGCUGCCACCGGGUACCAGCGCGAUGCGCACGUCGACAUGUUGAAGGAUACAUGGAACCUGCUCCCCAGAACCACUUCGGGAGGGUUCGAGUUCGGCAAAGGCAUAUCCGGAUGGAACGUAGACACGGAACAAGGCCAACGGAAAAUUGCCGUCGGCCGUGACUACAAGAUCAAGUUUGCGCCGGGAGCCGUAGCUGACAACGCUGGUAUUUGGCUCCAAGGCUGCUGCGAGGGUACACACGGUCUGAGUGACACCCUCUUGUCCGUGCUGGCCACGCGGUCUGGAGAGAUUGUGGACAACAUCUUUGGCGACCAUUGA